UCCGACAAGGGUUCCUAUCUUAUAUCAUCCUGUUGUAGUUUGUCAUGUUAUUCAAAUAACACUUUGUUGUGCCAGGAACUACAAUAACGUUAAACGGUAGUUACCGCUGUAAUUCACAAACAAGAUGAGACUGCCAUGGUGGACCCCCACGUUAGCUCCUGUAAGGAGAGCAUCCUCAGUCCCUGCAGGUAUGUUGAACUUUGUCCCCGCCUGCAGCACCACCAAUGCCCACUCACUGGACCUGCUGCAGGACUUUGUGUCCCGAGCCAGAAGCCUGUUUGUGAUCAGUGGAGCAGGUCUCUCCACAGAGUCAGGAAUCCCUGAUUAUCGCUCAGAAGGUGUUGGACUAUACGCCCGUACUGACAGACGACCCAUGCAGCAUGCAGAGUUUGUCCGCAGCGCAAAGUCCCGUCAGCGCUACUGGGCCAGAAACUUUGUUGGGUGGUCGCAGUUCUCCUCCCAUCAACCAAACUCUGCACACAAGGCCCUGCAACGGUGGGAGGAGAAGGGGAAGCUGCACUGGCUGGUCACACAAAAUGUUGAUGCUCUUCACUCAAAGGCAGGCCAGAAAAGACUGACUGAGCUCCACGGUUGUGCCCACAGGGUGAUGUGCCUAGGCUGUGGUGCCAUUUCUGCGAGGGAGAAGCUCCAGAGACGAUUCAUAUCAUUAAACCCAGACUGGACAGCUCAGGCGGGUGCUGUGGCUCCAGAUGGUGAUGUCUUCUUGGAGGAUGAGCAGGUCCUCCAUUUCAGAGUUCCCUCCUGUGAAGACUGUGGGGGAAUACUGAAGCCUGAGGUCACGUUUUUUGGAGACACUGUGAAAAAAGGGACAGUACAGUUUGUGCACGACAGACUGGCAGAGUCGGAUGCGGUGCUAGUCGUAGGGUCCUCUUUACAGGUAUAUUCAGGUUACAGGUUCUUAUUGGCAGCAAGUGACAAGAAAAUGCCAGUUGCCAUCCUGAACAUCGGGCCCACGAGGGCCGACCACCUGGCUGAGCUGAAAGUAAGCGGCCGCUGUGGUGAAGUGCUGUCACUCAUUCAGCCCCUCUGACUGUCCUGGACAUUAACUUUCUGUAUUCAGCAUUCAGCAAUAAAAAGGCUGUGCAAUCUACCUCAGAUUUAAAAAGGUAACAACAUAAUCACCUUCAGGAUGAUAUUCUCAGCUGUUUGGCUCUUUUUUUUGUAUAAAGCAAAAGGAGCCAGAAUUAUAUGCACAUCUCUGCCAGGAAAACUCGCUGCUUUUAUCAAUAUAGGGUUAAAACUGACAUGUCAGGGCUCACAUAUUGUUUGUAGAACUGAAUGUUAAUCAGAUAAAUUAUGUAAAUCAUUACAGAAACUUGUCUGUUUUAGUUAUUUCAAAUAGAUCAUUUUAAAGCAUUGUUGUAUUGUUACUUUAAGUAAAGGGUCUGACUACUUCUUCCACCACUGAUGACAUGUAUCAAUGGUCACCAGCCAGAAUCGAACUGGGGGGACUGCAAAUCACAGCAGUGCAUUAUGCAUCCUAACCACCAGGUUAAACUGGCUGCUAUGAAAAAGGUUUAUUAUUGCUACUUGUCAUGGGCCUUUUAUCUGAAUGAUGCUAAUCAAAAGAACCUUAAAUCUACUUUAUAUGUACUACAAAUAUUAUGUGGCCAUACAAGACAAUGGGACAUUUAAUGCAGAAACUGAGGAUAUGAAAUUAAACUGUUUUGUUGAUGAAACACACAGUACUCAAAUGUUUUGUUUCAGACUUUUAUUUAUUCUGGAUCAGACUGGAUUCCAUGUAGCGUUACUUUAAGUAAGUUUUUAUAUUAAAAAAAAAAAAACAAUGUAUUUUAUUCUUCUGUGAGUUUUCU